CAGCCGCGCGCGCACGCUGCGGGUUAUCCGCAUGAUUUUCAGAACAGACCGGAAGUCACUCACUGACACAGGGCGAGCGUUCAGACGCGGUGGUUAAUGUUGUAUUUUAACUCUUGAUAUUAACAAGAGCUCAGAUGAUGACAAUGUAAAGAUAUCCCCCUAGCUGUCAUCAUGGAUGCUUCAUUUCAUGUACUCGUCCUCUUAAUGUAUUUACAUUGUGCAGCAGGUUUCUGUCUUAAAAUACUACCUGACUCCCUUGAUAAGAUUUAUGUUGAAUUGGGAACAGACUUCACAGCGACAUGUUACCUGCAGGAAGAUUCCCAUUACACCUCCGAUGACAUUGAGUGGAAGUUAGAUAACAACAGUCUUCCCAAGCACGAUUAUCACAAAAUAAAUGCUACAGCUGUCAGCGUCACGUUUACCGUCAGCCGGGACAUGCGAGGUCGUUUGACUUGCUUUGCCUCUAAGAAGUCGCUGUCAUACGAAAAGCCGUGUUUGUACGGAAUCUUUCUCGAGAAAGGACACCUUCCUUCAAAGCCGGAGAAUCUCACCUGCCUUGCUUUACAAGAAGACGACAAUUUUUCCCCAAACUUGCAAUGUUAUUGGAAUCCUGAGACCCGCGACCCACUGCUUAACACCACUUACACGCUUCACGCUGAAAUAGAGUACGAUUUUGUUCAACCUAAGUUACCUUCAUAUGAGAAUGUCUGUAUAGAGCGUCUCGCAAGUAAUUGCACGGUCAACCUGAGCACUUUUCCGGUUCACAUGAGACUGAAAGUGUGGGUCACCGUGAGUAACCCUCUGGGAUCAGUGGAGUCAGAUGUGCUCCUGAGAGAGGCCUUAUCGUUUGCAAAACCAAAUCCCCCGGAUGUUCAAGUUCUUGCUGAUGUUAUUUACUCGACUGUGAUGGUGGAAUGGAAACAUCACGUCCACGAGUCUGUUAUGGAACUCCGUUAUGUCAUCAGAUACUGUCAAGCAGGCUCCAGUGUUUGGACUGAGGUGCCGGAGGACUUCACUGAGAUAAGCAACGAGUCAUUCAGACUGCAGGCCCUGCAGCCGUACACCGUGUACCAUGUUCAGAUGAGAUGCAUUCAAAAAGAUCAUCAAAGUUACUGGAGUGACUGGAGCAGAAAUGCUACCAAUCGCACUGCCGAAGCCAAGCCUGCGAGCAAACCAGAUCUGUGGCGAAUCAUCCAGUCCACCGGCGACAGCAGAAAUGUCACGUUAAUAUGGAAGGCCCCCGUGAAAGCUAACGGAGUAAUAUUGAGAUACGAUCUUAAAAUCACGAUGAAAAAUGAUAGCAGGUUUAAAGAAGUCAUCAUCACAUCUGUUGACCACAAUCCACACAGAUCGUAUCAGACGUAUUCGGUGGAGCUGUCGGCGAGAAAAAUAGCCUCUAUUGAAAUAACUGCGGCCAGUUCAGCCGGAGUGUCCCCCAAAGCUACUCUCUUCAUUCCCCUGUCAAAUCAAGAUCCAUCCGGUGUGGAGCGUGUGAGCUGGUCUCUGCGUGACGGCCAGCUGUGGGUGGAAUGGAUGCCGCCCGUGUCUAAUGAUUUGCGGCUCUCUGAAUACCUCUUGGAGUGGGAGAAAAUCCCACCGGAUGACCAUCAGAGACACAAACACUGGCAGAGAGCAAAAGCCAAUGUCACCAGCACAACACUGACCGGUCAUUUUGAGCCAUUCAAGCAAUACGAUAUAUCCGUAUAUCCAAUUUACUCCCUUCAUCCCCAGAAAUACACUCAAGCAGGACGGCCAGUAACCACAGCAGCCUACACUCAACAAGGACCGCCACUAGAGGGCCCUGCUGCGAAAGUUCAAAAAUCCAAGAAAACCAGCGCCAAGGUGACAUGGAAUGAAAUUCCUCUGAACAGUCAGCAUGGAUUCAUCACUAACUACACAAUCUUCUAUAAGACCGGAAAUGUCGAGAAGUCUGUGACGGUGGACUCUGACUUCCGCUCGUGGGAUUUGAUCAAUCUCACCAGUGAAAGCGAGUACGUGGUUCACAUCAUGGCAUCAACCAUAGCCGGCUCCAAGAACGGCACCGGUUUUAAUUUCAAAACGCAGAAGUAUGCUGAUGGAGAAGUGGAGGUGAUCGUGGUGGUGGUGUGUCUCGGUUUUCUGUUCAUCACCGUCUUCAUUAUAAUGCUCUGUCUGCGGAAGAGAGAAACAAUCAAGCAGCUGUUGUGGCCGCAGGUCCCAGAUCCGUCAGUCAGCUCUAUUGCCCACUGGUCACCUGAUUUCCCUAUAAAGGCCGAUAUUCCCAAAGAAGAUGUUAGCGUGGUGGAAGUGGAUGUGUUUGACGGGAAAUCUUUGUGCGAUGAAGAUAAAGCCGUGCUGCCACUGAAAAAGGACAAAUAUCUGUCUGAGGAACACAGCAGCGGUAUCGGGGGCUCGUCCUGCAUGUCGUCCCCCCGGCACAGCGUGUCUGACAGCGACGAGGGCGACUCCGGCCAGACCACGGCCAGCACGGUGCAGUACUCGUCGGUGGUGGCGAGCGGCUACAAAGGCCAGACCCCCAACCAUCAUCCCCCCGUGUUCGCUCGAUCAGAGUCCACCCAACCGCUGCUGGACUGCGAGGAACAUCCGGAGCAUCUCCACGAUUCCAGUAACUCUUACUUCAGACGAGCUAAAGGAGUCGAGCUGGGCGGCCUCGUUCAGGAGGCGGAGGAGUCGAAUGAAAGCUCUCUUACCUUCUGUCCAAUGGAGGAGAUGUCUCCGAUUGUAGAGGACCCUCCCACCCCGUGUUACAUGUCACAGCAGAAUGGCUAUCGACCUCAGUGAAGAAAAUGUGAAUACUGACAUGUUCAAGAAGACCUCAAGCUAUCGGUGACGUUUAACAUUCGUGUGUUCAUUAUAAUUGAAGUGGCUGUGAUGAUAUUGCAUAUUCGCUGCAAGCUUACACUGGAUGCAAGCAGACGAGAGAUUUUCUAAUAUUCUAAUCAAAUUUAUGCUUUCAUUUUUGCAGUACUAACCUUGUUUAAAUUGAUCUCGCUGUUCUAAAAUAAUCCAGGCGAAGAUGGUUCUUAUACAAAUAGUUAUUUUUACUGAAAGCUGAUUGGUCAAUGUUAGGCGACCAUUCUGAGGUGACAUGCAACUUUGACACUUCCAGCGUAAACGCGUUUGGAACGUAAUAAACUACUUGCUUCACUUGUUACACGUCAUGUAUCCAGUGGCUGAAUGUACACACGUGCUUCAUGGGUUCUGUUCUGCUGCGGUAUCAAAUACACGACUCUUCAAAAACUGCUCAACAAAUGAUCACUGUCACCGCAUUAUGGUUCGGUCAUAUUACUUGUUCGUAAAACUUUCCCAAAAAAUGUUUUUUUGUUUAAGGCUCUGUUGAAUGUUUAUAUGGCUGGAGAUUGACUAAGUAUUCUUUUUGAUAAGGAUUUCAUGUUUUUUAUAUGCAAAAGAAUGUCAUUUUUAUUAGCUCUAUUGCAAGUCGAGUUAACGUUGACGUGUUUCCAGCAGGAUUAAACUAACACUACACUGAAAUGCAGUAUUUUCAUUGCAUGCUGUUUCACAUGUAUCCGCUCUCAGUAUGAUUUGUGUUCACAUCAUUGAUGUGUGUGUAUCAUACUAAAUAAACACUUCUCUAUACAAA